CAUGAGUGCGAUCUACUGUCGACGGCUACCACCUCUCGCAAUCCAUCGUAAUGGAAGUCUCUUGCUAAAUCGGCAUCAGUCACUUUCAACCUUUCAACCACGAAACUGGGUUCACACCCAAUCCCCCAUUUCGUCUCGAUCUCUCCUUUUCGCCUCCUCUCAUUCCCCCCUUCUUCAACAUCGAUUUCAAAAAAUCGACUCAUUCGUCUUUCCAUCUCGUUUCAAUUCUUCACCGGCGAAUCAAGAGAAAGAUGAAAGUUCAUCUCAGAAAGCUGUCUCUCGUCCUUCUGCCUCCGAUCAAACUCGAAUGCAAAAGAUAUGGGUGAAAGUUAAAACAGAAGCUUCACAUUAUUGGCAUGGUACGAAGCUUUUAGGAAAGGAAAUCCGACUGAGUGCAAAAUAUCAAAUGAAAUUAUUAAGAGGCAAAAAAUUGACACGUAGAGAGAAACGACAACUUAAACGGACUACAACCGACUUAUUACGGCUGAUCCCGUUCUCUGUCUUCCUCAUCGUUCCUUUCAUGGAACUUUUACUACCAGUUGCACUCAAACUGUUCCCCAACAUGCUACCGUCAACAUUCCGAGAUGAAUCUAAAGAACUAGAGAAGAAGCGCAAGUUGUUAAAAGUCAGACUCGAGAUGGCCAAGUUCUUACAAGAAACUUUACGAGAGAGUGGAAUGAGUAAAAGAGUCAAAGAAACUGAAGAAUUUAAAGAAUUCUUUAGAAAAGUUCGUAGUACAGGAGAAAAACCCAGUAUGGAUGAUGUGGUUAAAGUGGCUCGAUUGUUUGAGGACGAUCUCACCCUUGAUAAUCUUUCGCGUCCUCAACUCGUUAGUAUGUGCAGGUAUAUGAACAUCAAUGCUUUCGGAACUGAUAAUUUCCUACGUUAUACGAUCCGUAACCGAAUGCGACAUUUAGCAGCAGAUGACGCCUUGAUCGAUGCCGAAGGAAUCGAAUCGCUCUCGGGAACUGAGCUGCGACAUGCAUGUCAAUCCCGUGGCAUAAGAUCAAUGGGCGUAGAUGAAGCUGAACUUCGAAAGGAAUUAGAACAGUGGAUCGAUUUACAUCUUCACCGUGGACUUAGUGCAACUCUUUUGAUCCUUGGUCGAGCCUUUGCUUUCAACCGAGGCGGUGAUAGUGAAAAGGGUGAUAGUACUCUUGAGAGCCUCAAGGAUGCCUUGAGUAGUCUUCCAGACACUUUGCUUAACGAAGCUGAACUGGAAGUUUCGCAUGACACGGUGACCAACAAGCAACGUCUCGCGGUCUUGGAAGAACAGGAAGAACUUAUUGCAGAUGAAAGCGAACAAGAGUUAAGAGAAGAAGAGGCACGAAAGGCUCAACGUGAACUUGAAAGAAGUCAAAAGGCAGAGGCUGAAGAAUUGGAGAAGAUGGAAAAAGUGGUCGAGGUUGCUUUAGAUAAGAUACCUGAAAGUAAAUCAGAAGCCGAAGCAGUCGAUCCUGACAACGUCAGAAUGACAUCUGAACAGCUUCAUGAGCUUGGAGAAGCUCUAUCAAUCUUGAGUGCGAAAUCGAGUGUCUUACAUGAGAAAACUGAACUGAAGAAAUUGGUUGAAGAGAAUCAAGAGGCAGCACAGGAUCCCGAGAACACCGCAUCCGCAGGACUGGUCAAGAGUAUCCAGAAAAUGAUUCACGAAAUUGACACUCAACUAGAAGAGUACGACACUCAAGUUGGAAACAGGAUGCAUCAGAUCAAUAUCGGGAAAGACGGAAACAUCAGUGUCGAUGAUCUACGGAAAGGACUUGGUGUAAUCAAACAUCGACCAUCGGAUGAAGCGAUCGAAGUCCUCAUCGAUAAACUCGAUGUCGAUCACGAUGGAUUCGUACCUCUCGAGCAUGUUGUAUCUCUAGCCGCUGAGGAAGGCUUAGGGAUUGUAGUAGACGAAGAUUCAAGUUCGAAUGCGAUUGUUUCAGAAGGUCAGAAACUACGACAUGAUGGACACAAAAACUUGAAGCUACAGUCAAAGUCUCGUGAUGCAAGAUCUAAGUCUGAGUCCGGGGUUACUAACAAGGAAGAGCCAAAGCCUAAAAAAUCAGAUAUUGUUGAAGAUCCUUAGAGAAUCGGUUUUGGUUUCCUCAAUCUGAUCACAUCUAUGGUCUAUAACAUCAAAAGCAAGUUAUACUGAUCUACUACCCCAAUCAUACUACUAUCCCCAUUCCUUAUCAGCGGGCAGGAAAACAAGAUACACCUUAUCUUGAAUGUAUUCAAGUGAUAUAUUAAAUAGAAGUUUUUGAAAAACAUGAAAUUAGUGUGUAGCAAAUUCGCCAACAACACCUGGUGUAGUUGCCUUUGAGCAUUAGGCUUCCUAAUCAUGAUUUUACUUGCUUUGGAAGUGAUUGAAGGAAAUCACACUGUUCUACUAGUUCAUUGACAGCCAGUUUUCUAUUGAAUCUAUUUCUUCAGGAAAAGACUUUGAAUUGUGAUUUCAUGGGAAACACUGAGAUCUACUUGCAGUAAUUAUCAAUAAAAUUACAC